GUGACACUGUCCCCCCACAGGUGCCGCUGCUGCUGGAGGUGUGGGGGCUCACCGGGAACGUGACUCGCCUGCGCAUCCAGGAGCUGGCCCCGCUGCGACCCCGCUACCAGGUGCCCGACGUGCUGCUGGGAGAGCCACCUGCUGAGAGGCUGGAGGUGACAGGCCGUGACGAGGGCACGCUGGAGCUGUCCCUGGGCCCCGGGGGCCACCGGCUGCUGGUGACAGAGCGGCCGUUCCGCCUGGACCUGCUGCGGCACCGCGAGCUGCUCUGCAGCGUCAACGCCCGUGGCCUCCUCGUCUUCGAGCACCAGCGGCGCCGCCGGGACUCUCUGGCGGAUAAAGUUAGUUCUGUGUGGGAUAAGAUCAAGAGCCUUUUCCGUAGGUAAAUCCAUGGAAUCGCCGCCGUCUCUGCGCCCC